CUCGGGGAAAACGUGAUGAGGCGGAGGAAGUAGGGCCCGGGGGUGAACCGCAAAGUUGCGGGUGUUACAUCUCCUCUGGGGAAUCUUUCUUGGGGUGAGGUGAAUCGAGAAACUUAGCGCGCCAGCCUUGCCCCGCCGCUCCUCCAGCGGACGUGCGCUGCCAUGGCGACCCUGCUACGCCGGGCCCUUCCUCCACUGCGCCGGCUCCCGGGCGGUCCCCGGCCUGCGGCAGAUGUCACCCGGGCCGGUAGCCAUGGCGCCGGCCUGCUGUACCCGGGCCACAUCCCCACCUCCCCGCUGCAGAAGGCGCUGCUGGCCGCCGGCUCCGCCGGAAUGGCUCUCUACAACCCCUAUCGCCACGACAUGGUUGCAGUUCUAGGGGAGACCACAGGACAUCGUACCCUGAAGGUCCUCAGAGAUCAGAUGAGGAGGGAUCCAGAAGGUGCCCAGAUCCUACGAGAGCGUCCUCGGAUCUCACUGUCCACCCUCGACCUAGGCAAGCUCCAGAGCCUGCCUAAAGGCUCCCUGGGCCAUGAAUAUCUUCGUUUUCUGGAAGUGAACAGGGUCUCCCCAGACACUCGAGCUCCUACCCGCUUUGUGGACGAUGAGGAGCUCGCGUACGUGAUUCAGCGGUACCGGGAGGUACACGAUGUGCUCCACACGCUGCUGGGAAUGCCCACCAACAUCCUGGGAGAGAUUGUGGUGAAAUGGUUUGAGGCUGUCCAGACCGGCCUGCCCAUGUGCAUCCUGGGUGCGCUCUUCGGACCCAUCCGACUCAGUGCUCAGAGCCUGCAAGUGCUAGUCAAAGAGCUGAUCCCCUGGGCAGUUCAGAAUGGGCGAAGAGCCCCGUGUGUCCUGAACCUGUACUACGAGCGGCGCUGGGAUCAGCCCCUAGGGGCUCUGCGGGAGGAACUGGGCAUCACAGCAACUCCAGUGCAUGUCCGGGCCACGGCUUAGGCCCUGAGCUGCUGAGCCAGGAAGGCCUGGCCUGCCUCCCCCAUCUCCUAUUUCCCUUGAGGACAGAGAGCUCCCUUGCCACUACCUUUGUUCUUUUUCUUUGAACACUGACCUUUGAACAUAAUUUAGCUUAAUUUGUUGUAACCACUGCUGAGUGACCUUGAGGACUAACCCUGGAGGGAGCAGUGGGGCUCCCACGGGAGUCAGGAGCUGUCUGAAGAGAACCACCUGGAAUGGCUAUCAGCUAUCAGGACUUAGGCUGGGAUGUCUCAGGUCUACAACUCCUGGGCUCUUUUCUUCCAGCCAGGGUUUUUUGGGAGCCAAUGCUGAGUAUCCUUGCAAGAGUGAGGACUACACCCAAUCCAAAGGCCUGAGGGGAGAGGGGGUAGAGGAGGAGGAGAAUCUACUUCUGAAUAAAGGCUCAGAUCAGA